UCCAAAGAGAAGUUCACAGGUGUCGGUGUUUUAACGGUGAUUUCUUGAAGUUUAAUUUGUGUUUUUCAACAGAAUGGAUAAUUUUGCUUCUGCCAAACGAACACCUCGCGCGUUUAGCAAAUAUUGCAACGUAGCUCCAUGCAUUACUCAUAUAUCUGGAAGAACUAUGGUAGUGUUACCAUUAUUUAAUGUCAACUUAACUGCCUUCUACGUUCCCCCUCCACUUUCUUUACCCCUACAUCUUUAACCUACUCCCCCCUCCACUCCUUUCUAGUUCCCUCGGCAGAAACAACUGACUGGAGCCACAGUCACAGUUAUGGCAAGAAGAGGAAAGAAACAGUAGGUCGUGGUCAAUUAAACAAUUGAAUUACGCCAUAUGGCUCCCGAAUUUCAUCGUUUAGACAAUGUCGAUAGCAAAUGGAAUACCAGUGUUAUGUGUGAAUGAAACACGUAUUGCAGUUUCUGUUGCUGACUUUUAAAUGUGUCAGUAUUGUGUAUGUGUGUGAUAAUUACAUCGAACGGGAAUCAAUGUAAAUGAAUGUUUGUGAACACCAUGCGAUGGCGGUAGCAGUGACAAGCUUGGAAUCGACUGGAAGUGGAUUAAUUUUUCCUGUCGACAUCUCAAUCUGUUAACAGGUCCAUCAACAAAUAAUUCCUUGAACUACAACUUUCACCUUGAACAGUGCCUGAGGACGAUCUGGGUCUUGAUCCCCCCACCCUCAAGGCGGCCCGGAAACAUCCAGGACCCAACCCAAUGCAACUAUGCGGCUUGGUAUUCUUACAGCACUUCUGUUCAUAUUUUACAUGCAACACUCCUUUCAUUGUUCACCAUCUGUGGUUCCAGGGUACUUGGAUUUUGAUAACUUACCAGACACCAAUUUUUCCUGCGAGGGUAAAGUUAUCGGAGGUUAUUAUGCAGAUAUUGAGACAGGUUGCCAGAUGUUCCAUGUCUGCACAAUUGGUCAAAAAGGAGAGAUAACAGAUAUAAAAUUUUUAUGCCUCAAUGGCACAGUGUUUGACCAGGAAACCAGGGUGUGUGAGCGCGUGGAUGAAGUGGACUGCAGUAAGACUGAGGGCUUCUACGGCCUGAACCUCGAACUAUAUGGAAGCAGCGCUGCUCUCAGUUUCCAAAGAGAAGAGGCUGAAGAAGAAGAAGAAGAAGUAGAAGAAGAAGAAGAAGAGAAAACUGAAUCUGAAAAACAUGCAGAGACCAUCGAUACAUCUUCUCAGGGCCAUGGCGUGAAACACAAGGUGUCCACUUCUAAACCUUCCGCUGCUACUCUUCCUAGUUCUACCCCUAUUAUUCUCCACCCUGCUUCCACAACUACUCCAAAAACGCCUGUCCAUCCAUUUGUUCCCACCACAACAUAUAAGCCUACUCAGCAUUUAAGUCACUUCCAUUCAACCACACCUCCGUCAAUAGCAGCAUUUCUUGCAAUCAACAACGCUUUCUCAUCUUCAAAUACCAACCAGAAAGGAGAGGAAUCUGAAGACAGUUCUAGCCAGUAUGAUGAAGAUGAAGAGGAAGACGAUGAUCCCAUUACAGAUCAUCCUGAGGUUGUCAUAAACAGAGGCGUAAAUCACCAUUUUCCUGUAACCACAGUCAGCAGUCAGAAUCAACUUGUUAGCCCAGAACAUCACAACGUACCACAGAUAAACGUGAAAGUACAUGGUAUAGGGGAAAGUGGUUUGAUCUUGAACCAAUCAAACAGACAAGAACAACAGAAGUAUCAUUCAUCCCACUUGUAUGGACAUCAGAAUCCUCCUGUAAUUCAAGAUGAAAAUGCUCAUUCCAAACACCAGCUAAACAUACACUUGAUACUGAAUCAACAAAGGGAUAAUGAGAAGAAAAGUCAUCAUGGUUUUAAACCAACUGCAAACUCAGAUAACAAAAGUCAGUUCUUAUUCUCAUCAACAACUCAACAACCUCCAAUACCUUUUACUUCAAAAAGUCCUAAUGGAUAUUCGACUACUGUCAGCUCUCCUCCUAUUGAACACUUCUCUUUUCAUGCAAAAGGUCCACAGAUACCUGUUCAAACUACUAGACAGCCUCCUAGAAACUCUCAUUUUCCACUAGAAACAAAUGCACAUCAAAUUCCUCCUCAUCCUCUGUUUCAACAAAUACAUUCCAACGAUGGCGGUUUCCAUACGCAAACGAUUCGAAUUUCUCAGAAUCCUCUCACCUUCCAGUUUACAUCAAAUGAUAAUAAAUAUCAGCCUCAUCAACUCUUAACAACUCCUUCGGUAGCAGUGGUUGCAACCACUAGCAGCACUUCAAGAAGUUCACAUGUAAGAAGUGGCCUAGGAGGAAAGGUUGGCGAUAUUCCUCCAGUAAUAUCAUUAACAUCAAAUAUUGGAAAUUCUCCAGCAGGAUCUAGUGUUCCAAACAGUUCCUCAGUGUCUGUCCAGUUAUUUUCUGAUACAACACCUACAACUUCAUAUGACGAAUAUCAGGAAGGAGAUGUUGCUUCAGACCCGUUCUUUAGAGACGUGCCAAAAAUUUUGAAGCCAUCUCCAGCACGACAUGGAAUUGUUAAAAAGAAACGUGAAGCGGUUAAUGUACUGAAGAAAAGUGGCUUUUUACCACCUCAUAAUUUAAGGUACAAACGGAAAGCUUCAGAGCGGAUGGAACUGCCAAGUAGAAUAUCUGGAACCGGUAAAGAAAGACACGAAAACCGGCCAGGUCAAAGCGUGAUUUCUGAUGAAAGGUCAAGUCAUCAGAGUAAUUCGAGAGGACAAACUAGAGUGGAGUCUCGAUCCAAACGAACAAGUAUUCCAGAGUCAAAGCAACCUGCUGGAAGAUUAAGACCCAGUCCCUUUGUUUCUGUAACACGUCAAGUUCAGACAGUAGUAGCAGACGUUCAACAGCAGCCAACACAAUAUUCUGGCAUUUCCUUGCUAAAUAUUACUCCAAAUAAUUCAGAAAGUACCAUAUUAGAUUCUCCCGUAAGACCUGAAAACCAUCACGGACACCAUAGAGUCGUUAAAGUCAGAAGACUUCAUAAACAAAACGUACCAACUACAGAGGACCACAUUCCUUCUGAAAUACCAAGGUUACUUGACAAAUCUACUGAAGUAUCUACAGUACCAGUUUGGUUAAUAACAUCUACUUCAAGAUCUGUAGAAAGUUCCUACAAACCAUCCGCAGUAAGUAUUGGGAUAAAUGCAGAUAAUCCUCAGCUAUCACAAAAUUUUGCAAAAAAUGUUGAUAUUGCAAGAACUCGUGGUAGAGGAGGAAACAGACAUCUCCAACAUCAGCCUUCUGAAAGUAAUCGGAAUGAAAAUAACUCUGAAAGAUCCGGGCAAAGAAGCAAGCAGAGGACCUCACUGGAUGCUGCUGAUACUCGUGAGUAUCUGCCAAGAAGUUCGCUAAACUCUCACUCAAGUGACGAUAUAACAAGUAGAAGAGAUGGUCACAGAUAUUCUGAUUUUGAAGAUGUAGAUGAAAGAAAUUUAAACAGUCCUAAUACAGAGGCCUCUAAUAUUAGGAGCCAUAGAAGAAAAUUAGGUGUUUCAAGUGCGUAUCAAGACAUGAUAAGGAAAGACGGUAUUCAACAGAAUCUUCCAACUAGCGGUACUGAGACCACCAGACACUCGGCAGCAAAGUCCCAGACUCCUCCUCUAACUUCACUGCCUGAGACAAACUUCACUUGUGCUGACAAGAUUCCCGGAGGCUACUACGCCGACUUGGAGGCAGAUUGCCAGCUGUUCCAUAUAUGCUCCAUGGGUAGACAUGGCAGAAUAACAGAUAACAAGUUUUUGUGUGGACCUGACACAAGAUUCAGUCAGGAAAGCAGAACAUGUCAAGCAAAGCACUUGGUGGACUGCAGAUUGUCAGCCUCCCUGUACCAUGUCAACCGCCAUUUCGAGUUGCAGUCUCCAGAUGAUAUUUCAAAGUAUAACGUUCGCUUUGAAGCACAGAAGAUACGAACAAAACGGAGAGCACCAACAGCAUCUUCACCAUCUGGCGAGGGCCCACAGCCACAAUACAAUGUGAACAACCUGCCGAAGACAUCGUUCACCUGUGGAAAUAAGCCUCAUGAUGGGCUAUAUGCUGAUUUGGAAACACGGUGUCAAGUAUUUCACUUCUGUCGUACCAUUUCUGGAGUAAUGACCUUGGAAUCAUCCUUUGUCUGUCCUCCGGGUAAGGUGUUCAACCAAGCAGAGAAAGAUUGUGGCGCGCGGAAAGAAGUGGUCUGUGCAUUGUACUCUGUUCCUCAACAUUCAUUCGAGACGAGUACAUCUACAGGGACCAAAGUUGGGAAUAACUAUCACAUCACUGAAAAGGGUUCACAGAUCAAAUUAAGAAUGUUUAAGUCACCAAAAAAGGAGGAUGAGAAUUACAAGAUGAAACGUGAAGCUGAGAUAGAAGCAUCGGACUAUUAUGACUAUGUAGAUGACAAUUAUGAAGCUCAUGUAGCGAAACCAAUUAAUAAGGACAUGUCAUCAGAAAAUGAUCAAAUAGAAAAAUCAAAGAGCGUAAUUUCUGUUGAAGAUUAUGAUUAUGAAUCUGAGAAUGAUAAAAGACCAGAAUUGCAUCUAUUGGAACAUCAGGAAAAUGAAGACGAUGAUCAGGAAUCUUUAGCUUUGGUAGGGAAGGUUACUACUGACAGCGAUGGAAGUAACAGGACCUCUUCUCAACCUCAUGAAAGUUUUGUGGAAUACACUACAGAAAGUACUUCAUUUGCUAUUGAGCUUAAUCUUAGUGAAUCAAAGGCAACGAUUCCUGUUCUAGAUGAGACAGCCAUGCAAAAAAAAUCAGACGGAAGUGAGGUAAAAGAUACUGAUGAUUAUGUCUACAGUGAUGAAAAUAUGACUUCUGUUCCAGAGAACACUGAACAAACUAACCAUACAUUAGAAGAGAAUUCAAAUAUUAAAAAUUAUUCUGAAUUUAUUACGUUGGUACCAAGUCAUGACGUGAAAAGUUUUCGUCAGUCUGAUACAUUAGAGACAAAUGGUCACGUUAAAACUGAUGCCAACAUUACCAGUUUGACAGACGUAAUAUUUCCAACAAAUGCGACACAAAUUAUUUUGUAUAUGAAUAAGAAUGAUACUUUGAAACCAGAUCAGAAUUUAGAAAUAAAAACUGUGCCAAAAUUAGAUUCUUUUAAUAGUGAUGUUACUUUAGAUGAGUAUGAGUAUUAUUAUGAUGAAGAGUACGGUGAUUCAAAGGAAACAAAAACUGACAGUAACAGUGAGCACUUACCUUCAGCAAAAACAGACGAUGAGAUGUUUAUUCCAGUUGAUGAGUGCGGUUCUGAAAAACAAAGUGAUUAUUGUGUGCACGAUGUGGUCGGUGAAGGAAUUGAGGAACAAAUGCAAAGACCAACAGUGGACAUAGAAGAAAAUGCAAGUGACAAUGGGAGUAGCAGUUUUAAUUUAACUACGAAAGCAUCGGUAAAAUCAAACACAAAACCUCCAGUUUCAUCCCGACUUUUUGAAAAUUCACAAACAAAUUUUAGAACUGGUAUUAAUGAACACAGUGCACAGAAAUCCAAUUUCACUGAAACAGAUAUAAUUUUAGAAUUAUUUGAAACAAGUACAAAUUCUAGCCCUUUGGAGGAAAUAGAAAGAAAAGCGGAAGUUACUACAUCAACAGGUGAGACCGAUAAAAAGUUAUUUCAGAACAGAAAUAGUGACCGCAUUACUUCCGCUUUUCUUACAUCACAGUUGCAGAAGAAAACACCUUCUAGAAAAGAAACUGCAAAUUUUGGUUUGGUUUCAAAUGAACAAGCUGCUGUAAGCCACAAAAUCAAUUCACCAACUCAAAAUGAACAUAUUCUUGAUUCAAAAGCAAUUUCAGAAGAAGCAACAACAGAUUUGGGGUUAGUAGUAACAACAGUUAAGCCUCAGAAGGGAAGUAUUUCUCCUAUUUACAGCACCACUUCAUAUAUAAAUGUUAUACCACUUCCACAAGUUGAGAAGUCUUUGCCACAACUUCCUCAAAGACACGCGGACCAGACAACAGAUCCUCAAGCCGCACAAAGUCCAUUCCCACAAGCAGUUUCAAUUUUGUCUGAACGUAGAAAACCUCAUAAUGUAUUCAUAAAUUACUUCUCAACUCCACUCCCCCCACCAGUUGUGAUUAAAUCAAGAGAGACUAUUGAAAAUGUCUCAAACUAUGAAAGCUUUCUUAGUCUAUGA